UCAUUACAGUAAGACGUGAAAAGUUAGUGAAAAGUGUCUCUCGCUUGAAAUAUUAGAAAAAAAAUUAGAAAAAGAAGAAUAAAAAUCAAUAAUUAAAUUGAAUGCGAUGCUGCAAGUCUUCAUCUAAGUAGUAAUAGCAUUGUACAGUGCGUGUUUGUUUGUAAUUGUGAAGUAACGGAAAGGAAGGAAGGAAGAAAACAACACGCAUGCAGCUUACAUGUAUUGGAGCUUUUUAAAAUAAUCGUAAGGGGCGAACCUGUCACAUUGGAAAUCAACUUAAAAAUUUCCCCCUGACGCUUUUCGUCUGAUAAAAAAAGUUUUAUCUUAAAUAUUGGCUUAAAUAUUGGCUUCUCGGGGUGGACUGCUCUAACACUACAAUGAAGUUUAAAGGUUAAUGGUAUGCAUCAGAUUGUUAUUCUUUCACUGUCAUAUUGAGAAAAACGAAAGAUUUUUGCACAAAAGAACAGAAAAAAAAAGAGAAAGAAAAGGAGUUGAAUAGUGUGGGCUUAUAUGUUGCAAAAUUGUUUACUACAUACACACAUCACAUCCUCUUAGGUAAGAGUUGUUCAUAAGAAGAAGAAGAAGAUGCCGCUUUUCGCCAAAAAAUCGAAUAAAUCGUUCGAUAAUGUAACAGCUAAUGAGAAUAAUGUGACGACAAAUGGUGGUAAACCAGUUUUAACGAAUGGCGGCCAUACGCAACGUAGCAACUCAUCGCUUAAUGGAUCAGAUUUCACAAAACCUCAAUUGAUAUUUCACUGUCAGCUAGCGCACGGCAGUCCGACGGGUCUAAUAACGGGAUUUUCCAGCGUACGUGAAUUAUAUCAAAAAAUUGGUGAAUGCUAUGAUAUACCCCAAGAAGAAAUAUUAUUUUGUACUUUAAAUUCGCAUAAAGUAGAUAUGACAAAAUUAUUGGGCGGUCAAAUCGGGUUAGAUGACUUCAUAUUUGCCCAUCGUAAGGGUCAACCGAAAGAGGUUGAGGUUCUCAAAUCCGAAGAUGCUUUGGGUUUGACAAUUACCGAUAACGGUGCUGGUUUCGCUUUUAUCAAACGUAUCAAAGAGGGUUCAGUAAUGGAUCGCGUCGAACACAUUUUAGUUGGUGAUCAUAUUGAAAAAUUGGAUGGUAUGAGUAUGGUGGGUAAACGGCAUUAUGAGGUGGCACGAUUAUUGAAAGAAGUACCGACGGGUAGUACGUUCACGUUACGCUUAAUUGAGCCAGUUAAAAGUGGUUUCCAAGGUAUUGGGCCACGAUCACAAGGUCGAGCACCCGGUCGUGGCUAUGGAACUGGCAAAGAGACUCUACGUUUUAAGGCGAACGGCAAUGCAGAAAUUGAAGAGAAAUUCGAUGAAUCAACGCAAGCAGGUAUCGAGGCCAUAAACAAUUUGCUUGAAUCCUUUAUGGGUAUAAAUGACAACGAGCUGGCCACAUUAAUUUGGGACUUGGGCACAGAUAAGAGUAAUUCCAUGGAUUUCGCCGAAGCCGUUGAUAAUUCAGAUCUGGAAUCAUUCGGUUUCACGGAUGAUUUCAUUAUCGAGCUGUGGGGUGCAAUAACGGACGCUAGACGCAAAAAAGCGGAAAAAAAUUAGCGCAAAAUGUGCCUUACAUAGAAGCAUCUCUCUCUGUAUGUAGUUUUAAUAUUUAAAAUAAUUAGUUGAAAUCAUGCUGUUUUUUGUUUUUUUUUAAUUUUUUUUGUUUGUUUUUUUACCUUUAAAGACCUAAUAAUUGCAUUUAUAAAGAAAGUAAUUUAAAGAAACAAAGACAGACAACAGCCCUAUGCAAUAUUAAGUAGUAAUGAAGUUGCGAAGCGAAGGGAGAAUGAGAAAGAGAGAAGUACCAUAAAUGUCGGCAACCUUUUCUCCACUAAGUUAAAUAACAAUUAUUAUAAUAAUAGCAAUAGACAUAUCUGCAUAUCUACUAUUUUAUUGCCGCCGUCGCCGCCGCUUAUUGACUUAUGAUAAUUUCAUUCUUUGUAAAAAUUUAUUUAUACAUCAAAUAAAUCUAUUCCUGGCCGUAUAAAAUUUUCUUGUUAUACGUUAUAUAUAUGUGUUAGUUCAUCAUAUUAAAAAAUACUUCCCCAUCAUCGUGUUUGUUAAACUUUUCCUGUUUUUUUUUUGUUUAAAUAAAUUGAAUUUAAUUCAACAAAAAAUUAUUUUAUGUAAAUUUAUAGAAACG